CUUGGCAUGUUCUCCUCCACCAGUCUUACACACUACUUUUGGAUAAAAGAAUUUAAGCUUGGUUUGAUGGCUUGUGAUCAUCCAUCUUCCUCUUGAUUAUAUUCUAGAGGUUUUCAAUUUGGUAAAAUCAAAGAAACUCAUAAUUUUUAGUGGUCUCUUAUUAUUAUUAUUCCAGAGCUGUAUGUUGUCCUCCUCCACCGCGCAGAGGAUAACCGUCCCGGAUAACCUGUCCUGCGCUUCCCCCUGAAGUUUUACCCCGAAUCUACCCCCUCUCUCCCUCCGUCUCCUUCGCCAUGCCUGUAGGCUCCGUGCCCCGGGGUCGCUCCCUGAGCCCCGUGUCUCUGGCCCACAGCCUCUCCCGCCUGAGGGAGUUCAGGACGCGGACCCGGAUCAUGCUCUCACUCGGCGUCGCUCAGAUGGUUCUGGGGAGCCUCAUCCUGGCCGUGAGCUUCGCCGCGCUGGCCCUCACUACCUCCCCGCGGGUCCGGCACUCCUGCCCCUUCUGGGCAGGCUUCUCCGUGCUGCUGUCAGGUCUGAUUGGAGUAGUGUCAUGGAAAAGACCCCUCUCUUUGGUGAUCACCUUCUUCAUGUUGCUGUCGGCGGUCUGCGUCAUGUUGAACCUGGCCGGUGCCAUCCUGUCCUGUCAGAACGCCCAGCUGGUCAACUCCCUGGAGGACUGUCAACCAAUAACGUUCCACAGUGACGGCGUGUGUGUCUGCUGCGAGUUAGAGAAGCACAGCUCCAACUGCAACAACAUGGGAGAGACGCUCAAGCUCAACUCACUGAGGGACUGCAACACCAUCCGCCUGCGACUGAAGGAGCUGUUGUUUAGUGUGUGUGCACUGAAUGUCAUCUCCACCAUUGUGUGUGCUCUUGCCACAGCCAUGUGCUGCAUGCAGAUGGUCUCUACUGAUAUACUGCAGAUGUUUAUGCCGAACCGAGCGCGGGCCCUGAGUGCUGACUGCAUGACUCCUUACGGUACCAUCCUGCACCAGACACUGGACUUCGACGAGUUCAUCCCUCCCAUCCCCCCACCUCCCUACUACCCCCCGGAGUACACCUGCACACCCGUGUUGGAGGGGCAAAGGGGCCUGCACCUAGACUUCCCUCACUCUCCCUUCAGUGCCAUAUACGGUGUUCCCAUCAACAGCCCAGGAACCCUGUACCCAUCAGAACUACCACCACCAUAUGAGUCAGUGGUGGGUGCCACCCCGGCCAGCCAGAUCACCUCCAGUUUGGAGCAGCAGGCCACAGAGUCCAGCCUGUGUGAGAGGAACACUACAGCAGGUCUCAGCACUCAGGCAUCAGUGGACAGCGCUUCCUUAAUGGUGUCAGAAUUGGCUGAUAUUCCUGAUCGCAGCUGUUCCUCUGAGGACCUGUGCUCUCUAGAGGUGCAGGGCUCGGACAUGUCUCCGUACGGGACGCUCCCCAUAGCUCCCACUGAUGGCAGCUGCACCAGCCUGGAGCACAGCAUGCGCUCCUCCAUGCGGCGGGACACCCGUUCCCCAGCCUGCCUCGACCGCAGCAAGUCCUCCAUCGCCCAGGACUCUACCACACACUCGCCUGACAACAUAGCUGCCCCGGAGAGGGACGAUACUCCAGUCUCAGUGCAGUCCAGAGCUCAGGCCAGCAUCAAGCUAACUCUCCCCAUUACCCCAGCCUCUGAAACCAAGCCAUGUGCCUCCAGUUCCGGAUCUGCAGCACCUGCAUCUGCCGCGUCUGCCCCGAGCCCCCUGUCCUGCUCCUCCCCAUCACCUUCUGGGCGGCCCCGGGGUACCCGGCUCUGCUUCAGCAUCUGGAACCCUCAGUCCUCCACUACCUCAACCCACUGUGGUUCCUCGGCCUCCGAACGCCCCCGCACGCUUCGAGCCAGACGCUACCGCAGGCUGGCCAGGAUCGUGCGCUCUACCAGCGACCCCAUCUCCUGCAAAUCCAUAACCAGAAGUGAGAGCUGUGGCUGUACACCUGUAGGAAACCAACCACCACAGGAGUCUCCACAGACCCCAUCAGAACAAGCCUGCAUGGAGCUUUCAGGUGGAACAGUGUCCCAGUGUGCCAAACCCAGCAGCCACGGGGCCAAGAAGCAGAAAGACGGUGGGAAAGUGGACCUGCGUCUCAAAGCCCUGCACCCAGCCUCCACAGAGCGGCCUCACUCUUUAGCAGACCUCAAGACCUACAAAGACACCAAGAUCCUGGUGGCCAGGUUUCUAGAGCACUCCAGCUGCAGCCUGCCUCCUGAAGUGCAACAAGUGGUCAACAGCAUCAAGUAUGUCAUCAAAUCAGAUGAGAAGCACAUGGAGGAGGCCAUCUUUAGUGCCAGCAUUCUAGAUCAGGUGAUGUCACAGUCACAGCGAAUCAUGAGCAGCCCCAGAAAGCACGCUCAUGAAGACCUGCACCUGCAGAGCUGCGGAGCUCUGAGCUCGUCGUCCCCGUCCCUGCGCCGUCCGCUUCGGGUCCCCGGUCAGUCGGCUCCGCCUACCAGCCCGGGUCACCAGGCCCCUUACCGGCCCCAGAGCCUGGUCAGCGUGUGCAGAGAGACAAUCCUUUGACCCCGAUCUUCCUCCACGGUGGACCCGGACUCCUCAUCCCCCCCCCCCGUUCUUCUCGUGCCAAUCUUGUGCCAAGGCCAAGUCCUUGUUUUCAUCAGCAGAAACAGUAGCACUCAGAAUACAGCGAGUCAUCUGGAGAGUGCCUCUCGGGGUGCGAAACAAACGAACAAACAAAAAAACUACAACAACAUAAAAGAAUGUCCACCUAUAAAAGGUGUAUUUUUUAUAUUUUUUGCCAGAUAGGCAGAAUGCUGUGUGAGUUUAGAUUCUGUGCAAAACAAGAGACAAGACAAAGGAACAAAAUAGAGAUGAUAAAAAAAAACAUGACAAUAGGAGGAAAAACAGACUAUGACUAUGUGUGAAACUGUGAUGCUGGUUUUGGACUUGCUGCUCCUGCAGACAUUGUGUGAUGUUUAGGACAUUAUGCUGUCAUUGUGUGCGACUGCAGGACAAAGAACCUCACGACGCUGGAUUAUUUAACUUACCUCAGUGUGAUAUGAUUCUUUUCAGUGUUAUGAAUAAAAAAAGUAUUCAUUUGUAUUUCUGUGUACGGCCUAUUGUUGUCAUUCUAGCCAACUGUUUUUUUAAGACUGCCAACUGCAAUAACACUAUUGUUCUGCUUUUUUAUAUGCUUUUAUCUUCUUGAUAUAUGUUUUCUUUUAUUCCACAGCAUUUUGUUAAGAUGUGCAAUUGUAGUCAUAAACUAAAGGCCUUAUUUUAGUGAUUUAUAGGGAAGCUGUCAACCGUGCACGGAGCAGCUUGAUUUAGGGUGUCAGUGUGUCUUUGCUAUCGUAACAAUGGGAAAAGUAUGACUUGCGUUGCUCUUAAUGCACAAUUUAACAUCAUUUUAGUUAAUCAUGGGUUUGUUUUUUUGGGCACAACAUGAAAUAAACCAAUCCGCAUGUCACAUGACAUUCCCUUUAAGAGUCAGGUGCGCUCUAACUUUGAUUUAUUGGUAUUUAAACAGUGCAGAGCUUUGUCACAGUAAUGUUAUUUUUUUUCUAUUCAGUUUAUCGUUGAUUUAAAAGUUAGGUUUAUGUACUACUGCACAUCAUUGUGUGUGUAAAAAGCUAAGGA